GCGAGAGUUUGCUUUCGUGUUUAAGAGAAGAGGAGCAGCGCGAGGGGUGGGGCAUACAUAUCAUGGAAGGGCCAAACAAGCCUGCGAUAUGUUUCGCUUUGCUCAUUGUGUUGGUACUUAGCUUCAUCACUGCAGUUGUGUACGAUGUGAUCGUGAAGGCAAGGGAUAGUGGGUUUGGUAUUGGACAAUGGAUGGUGGCUGCUUUGACUGUCGCAUUGUCAACGCUGUACUUCAGCCUCGAGGACGAGGUCACUACCAGUUUCGAUUAGUCGUGCAAUAGUGGAUAGUCG